UUAGAUACAAUUUUCAAUUGGAUUCAUUAGAUCUUUGAUAGCGGUGAAAAUGGGUGUCAAUACAAAAUCUCGAAUUCUUCACGUUUCUGAAAUUUUAUUUCAACAAAUUUUAGCAGUUUUUAUACUACUCAUAUUUUGGGAAAUAUUCAAGAGUUAUAAUUUUUCUCAGAAACCAGCUUGGCAUAUAAUACUAUGUGUAGCGGGGUUUGCAUUAUUCCUGGCAGAGGGAGUUCAGGUGUAUAGGAAAGAAAGUAUUGUGUCUUUUGGAGAAACAAGAAAGGAUAAGAUCAAAGUUCAUGGAAUUAUUAUGGUAACAGGAUUUAUAUGUAUGUCAAUAGGAAUAAUUCUGAAGAUCUCUCAGAAAGAAGAUUCUAAUUUGGCCCACUUCACAACAGUACAUGGAAAAUUAGGUUUGUCGGCAUGGAUCCUCGCUUUUGUGGCCAGUAUAGGAGGAGCUAUAUCCGCUCAGUUUUCAUUUGCAGGAAAAACCGCCACCAUCAGACUUGUUCACCUUUUAGUUGGUGUUAUUGCCUACCUCCUUGGAAUUAUAAACAUUGGAUAUGGAUUGAAAUAUUUGGAUGUGGGAGAUAACGGGAAAAUAUUUCUCAUCGUUUUAUUGUCAAUUUAUGUAUGUUACAGUUUCAUGGGACCACUUUUGUCAGUUAAAAAUUACUUCAAGAAAUGAAUAUUGAAUAAUGAUUUCAACAUGAGAAAUACCAAAAUUGUAUGAAGGAGAGCCCAGGAAAAAUUAUUAUACCUACUAAUCAUCAUGAAUAGAUAUUUUUGAUUACGAA